UCCAACGUACUAGACAUCGUUGGACUGUGUUCUGACGUGUAUUCGUGAAUGCUUCCUUAUAAAUACAUGAAACAUGGCGUCAAUUUUAGUACUCGGAAUUGUUGGGGUUUUGAUUGCUAUUGUGGUCACUCUGUUUUGCCUGCUUGUCUUUUCGGGUCUGUUCCAUGCCAUUGAGAUAGGGACGAAGAAGUCCCCUGUGUCCAAACUCCAUAUUGCGUACAAAUUUGCCCGUGGAAGCUACAGCGAGGGCGGACCGCUGUGGACUGAGGUGUCGAAAGAAGCACCGAAUCUUCGAUGUAUCGGCGUGUAUUACGACGAUCCAAACACGGUCCGCACCGCAAACCUGCGCUACAUUGUCGGCAUGAUACUGAGCGAGGGCGAUGACGAGCCCGACAAGGAGCUGGAGGAACGACUGGUCGCCAAGGGGUUCAAGACGGCCGACUUUCCCGAGGUGUCCACCAUGGUCCAAACCACAUUCCCCUUCACCACCACCCUGUCCAUCUACAUUGCCAUCUUCAGGGUGUAUCCUGCCCUGCACAACUACGUGAAGGCAAACGAUCUAUGUGCCUACCCUUUCAUCGAGCUUUACGACAACGGGCUGAUCCACUUCCUGGCUCCGCUCUCCAAGCAGAAGGACUUCUACGUCCCCGAGACGGGCGGGGUGGAGAUCGGGGAGCUCUCGGCUGGCCAGCUGGACGAGGACGAGGAGGGAGAAGACCAGGAGACAUCCCAGCGGAGCGUCGCGGAGGACGAGCCACGUGACCCGGCCGACACACCAGGAGGUGAAGACAGUACUAACAGCGAUAGUUCAUUUGAACAGGUAGAUCCUCCAGAAAUGAAAUAACCAAAUUGUUUUGGUGAAGUUUUCCCCCUAUUUCUGUACAUGCAAAAUGUGGUUUGUUGAAAUGAGGAGGUGAUUGGGUCCGCCCGGUCACCCAUUCGGUUUGUCCUCCCAUGUUCUUCUCUUUUUGUUAUUUCUUCUUUAUAAUUCUCUGUGGCUUUUCUCUGAGAUGGUAUACCUUGUAAACUUGAAACUCGACACAAUUAUUGAUCCCAAUCUCAAGGGUGAUGGCACAGUGAAAUCAUCAGGCAUCAAAUUUCCAGCGACUGGAAUUGAAUAAGGCAGCGUGCUCAUAUUUUUAGACCAGGUUGACCAUAUCUACGGUAAUUCUUUGGCAACAUUACAGAUUACAACAGAAAGUCAUGUGACCUCGACUUCCAGGGUAACUGGAAGCACAAUGGUAACAGCUCGAAAAUUGAAGGAUUUGUCUUCACCCAAUCAAUUAGUAAACCCUUGGGAGCUUGCAAUCUGAGCACUCUACAAGGUUUGCUUAUGUCAUAACAUGAAAGGGUGCCCUCGUAUGGCAGAUCAAAGAUAAUAUUUGACAUUUAUGUUGUCUGCUACGCGUGCAGAUUCACGAAAGUGGACGAAACGGCAUAUCAGACAUGCAUGUUUUGUGAAGUUGCCAAAUAACGACCUUGCCAUCCGGAAAGUUAUUGAAUGGACAAUUUUGAGAUGAUCAUGUUCUCUCUUGAUUUGAUCUUGUCAUGUGAUAAACAUGUACUUCAGAAGUGUUAUCUUGAACAAACUAUUGAAAUCGACUACACUUUCCGAUGACAUACGUAGAACUUCUUUGACGUCUUCAUACCAGGAAUCAAUAUUGCCCAAUCACCUCGUGCUUCUAACUGAAACGAAGACGUCUCGUCUGGUUUAUUGUUUGUUGUUAUCACUGCAUGGGCUAUUCAUUUCCAUUUUUUUUGCAGAAGGUAGCCUUGUCCGUUUUCUCUCUCAAAUUCUAGUUGUCACAUUCAGUUCGACAGGCUCAUCCCGAUAUGAAGAAAAUCAAAACUGAAAACUGGAAUAGAUAGUGUAAUACUUUUCGGUAAAUUCAUUUCUUUGUCCUCUAUAUUUACAUAUGAAAAAAAAUUGUAAUUAAAACUUAUUUCAGUA